UUUUAUUUUUCGAGUCACAAGUCUUGAAAGUGUACAAUCAAAACAAUUAUUAUCGAAACAUAAAACUCUGAAAAUGUAUAUCUCAAAAUUAAUUGUUAUUCUCGCUUUCUUACUUUACCGCUACCAACAUUUAAAUCUUUUGGUUGACGCACUGUUGGAAGACAACCUUAACUACAAGAGUUUUAAAAAUGUACUUGAAGAGGUCAAGAACACCAAUGAGGCACAACUAACAAAAGUGAAAAGUAAAAGCGAAUCUUUUGCCAACUCAAGCUUGGUUAAAACCAGAGAGGAUGAUGAAUUCGUUUUUCUAGUAGCCGGUGGUUAUCGUCCAGAGAAGAACGAUCUUGCUAAAUAUGUUGUGUCGCUUCGCGAUGUAUAUAUUGAGGAAAAAUUUGGAUUUGGAUUUGGACACUUUUGUGGUGGCUCUAUAAUUUCUAAGAAAGUUAUUCUGACAGCAGCGCAUUGUCUUGCUACGAAGGGUUCUAUAACGUUCGCAAAGGAUAUAAAGGUCGUCGCUGGAACAACUCGCCGUUUGCUACGAAGCAAACAUACCCAAGAAUUAACGGUGGCCUCAGUAAAAGUGCAUCCUAAGUAUUAUGAACAUAAUACGAUCUAUGACAUCGCAUUGAUUAAGCUCAAGGAUGAGUUGGACUUAAAUGAAGAGUUUGUGAGUAUUAUUCCUAUAGCAAGUGAAAAGCCAUUAGCUGGACAGUUAUGUACUGUCAUAGGAUGGGGCGUCAUUUUGGAAAGUGGACCCAUGCCUGAUGAUAUUGGAACUGGAGAUGUAACUAUUCACUCAGAUGCAUAUUGUGCAUCAAGAGUCAGUAAAUUUAGUAAGGACUUGAGCGUAUGCAUGUCGAACCCCAAAAAUUACGAAGUCAGCGGUUCCAAUGGUGACUCAGGAGGACCGUUAAUAUGCGAUAACAAAGUGGUGGGCAUUGCUUCAUACGUGGUCCGUAUUGGACAUGCAACACUUCCUUUUGUCUACACUAAUGUCUACUAUUUUCGAGAAUGGAUAUUACGAAAUGGAGUUUGUUGCCUCACCAAUAAGUUGGAGCACAUCGUCCUGGCAUUCGUCAUUGCUUUCAUCAAUCAAAAUAUUUUUUAAAAGAUAUGGAAUAUGAUGGUCUAAAGUAAACCAGUCAAGAUUUUAUAAUUUUCAAA